GUUCGCCCGGGAAAUCUUUCUUAUGAAAAAGGGAACUAUAUUAGAAUGUAAAGCAACAUCUUUCCUGUUUGCCACAAUCUUCUAUUUCUAAUUGUUUCCAUUUGUUUAAUUUUUAUAGUCCUAGUCCUUAAACAUAAAUAAAUUCUGAAAAACGUAACAUCGCUAUUAAGAAUUCUUACAUGAAAAAUUAUACUUUAUUAGUUUUUUGUUCAAAAGAAAAUAUCUAACAAUACUAAAGUAUUAUAUCGUAUUUGUGAAUGUCCGUAUAAAAAUGUUUAUCAAAAAUAUAAUUACAUAUUUAUUUAUGUGAUAAUUCAUAUUUUCAACGAUAGUGGCGUGCAUGAUGUGAUUUUAUAAUCGGAAUUAUUUGUAAUCCGUUUGCUUUAAAUGUAUACAUAUGAAAGAAGUAAAACAUGUCUUUAGAUCAAACAGUGUGUGAAGAUCUAAAAGCUUUUGAAAGACGACUUACUGAAGUAAUUGCUAGUUUACAACCAGCCACUUUGCGUUGGAGAAUGCUGUUAGGUUUCAUUUCUGUGUGUACUGCUGUUGGUGCAUGGCAUUGGUUAACAGAUCCAAAUACACCAGCAGUAUCAUUUACACAAAGUCUAUGUAAUCAUCCAUUUUUUGCAAUUGCUAGUAUUAUUUUAGUUAUAUUAUUUAUGAUGGGAGUCCAUAGACGUGUAAUUGCACCAAGUAUCAUAACUCAAAGAGCUAGAAGUGUUCUUAGUAAUUUUAAUAUGAGUUGUGAUGAUACUGGAAAGCUCAUUCUUAAACCAACGAGAUCACGACAUCAUGAGACUUAAAAAAUAGAAAUGAUAUAGAUUUUACAUUAGUUUCUGAAGUGUUCAUUAAUACCUAAAUUGAUAUGCAGGGUGUCUAUAAAAAAUAUAUGUAUACUAUAUGUAUAAAACACAUUUUUGAUACUAGUGUUAGAUUUAAGAUAUUUUCUUGUUGUACUUA